UAGGGGCGAGGUCUGAGAAUCCCAGCCAUUCUUUCCCAGCUGCACCCGCAGUGGGCCGCCCCAGAUCGGCGAGCUGUUGGGAGUGGGGUAUGGUGGUAAGAGCGCUGAAGCCGAAACUCGGACACCUGCUCUUUCAACUUUAAACCAGCGCUUACUCAACACUUCUUAGAUGCCAGCGUCUCCCGCUACGUGACUUUCAUGCUUUUUUUAAAAAAACGAUGAACUCUUGAGGUGGGUGAAGAAAACUAAGGCUCAGGGAGACCCAGUGCCAUGCCCUUCUUCACAGGUCAAACCCUGGUUCACUCGACUCCGAAGUCUACUCCCGCUAAACCACCCCUGUCUCUGCGCUGUACCUCCGUCGCCUCCCAUCUCCUCAGUCGCUCCAUUGAUAAAAGGAGGUGGUUGGCCGAGAUGAUCUUUAGGGGUCUUCCUAGCUUGACGGUUCUAUAGUUCUACAGGGCGUUCUAGGAGCGGGGAAGGAAAACCCUGAAGGUAUUCUCUUUAACGCUACUGUCAAAGGGCACUGCGCGCGCGCCUUCCGGCGCCGAGCGAGGGGAACUGGGCCCCGCCGCGCCCGAAGUCCCGGGCCCUCAGCAAGCUGCCCGCAAGGGCGCCUGGGCCGCCACGCGCGUGCGCAAUGGCCUCCGGGUGCGCGGCUGCCCUCCGCUUCCUGCCCACAGCACCGCCUUCCAGUCCCUGCGGGAGGCAGCGAGGGCGUGCGCGUGUCCAGCUCCUGCUGGCUGUCGCGCGAAAGCCAGCGUCCUAGCCGGUCUUCCCCCGCCGCCCCCGACCUAACGGCCUCCCCGGGCUCUGGUACCCACACCCAAGCGCACGGCCCGGGAGAGCGGGGCGGAGUCCUCCAGUGUGACGCCCCCAGGGCCUCCAACUCGUCUGGAGUCGGCCCGCCCCGAGGGGCGUGGGGAGGGGCGGGGUUGCGGACUCUGGACUCCGGCCCGUAGACCGCCUCUCGCGCAGCCAAGCAGCAAACCUAGUCUGGCUGUGAGCGAACCAUGACCGCGCUGCGGGACUUCUGGCCCGGGGUGCAGGACACCUGCACCUCGCUGGGGCUGAUGCUGUCGCUCGUGCUGUUCAUGGGGCUGGCCCGCGUGGUCACCCGGCAGCAGGUGCACAAGUCCAUGGUUCACGCCUUCGUCUUGGAGUUUCUGGCCACCUUCCAGCUCUGCUGCUGCACGCAUGAGCUGCAACUGCUGAGCGAGCAGGAACCCGCGCACCCCACCUGGCCGCUGACGUUAAUCUACUUCUUCUCGUUGGUGCAUGGCCUGACUCUGGUGGGCACCUCCAGCAACCCGUGUGGCGUGAUGAUGCAGAUGAUGGUGGGGGGAAUGACCCCCGAGGUCGGUGCGAUGAGGCUAUUGGCUCAACUGAUUGGUGCUCUGUGCAGCAGGUACUGCAUAGGCGCCCUUUGGAGCCUGGGGCUGACCAAGUAUCACGUCAGCGAGAGGAGCUUCGCUUGCAGGAAUCCCAUUCAAGUCGACUUACCCAAAGCGGUCAUCACAGAGGCCAUCUGCUCCUUUAUCUUCCACAGCGCUUUGCUGCACUUCCAGGAGGUCCGAACCAAACUUCGUAUCCACCUGCUGGCAGCACUCAUCACCUUUUUGGUCUAUGCAGGAGGAAGUCUAACAGGAGCUGUAUUUAACCCAGCUUUGGCACUCUCACUACAUUUCAAGUGUUUUGAUGAAGCAUUCUUUCAAUUUUUUAUAGUUUAUUGGCUGGCUCCUUCUUUAGGUAUAUUGUUGAUGAUUUUGAUGUUCAGCUUUUUCCUUCCAUGGCUGUAUAACAACCGUAUGAUUAAUAAACAGGAGUAACUAUUCUAAAGACUCAGACUAAGUUACAGAACAGUCAAGGUGGAUGUAAUAAAGAUUUUAUCACCUCAUAUUCCACACACUGGCUGCACGGGAUUCAUCAAUGUUAGCUUUCUUUGAGGAAGCUGCCUUACAGUCUUCAUCACUGGACUUAAAAAAAAUUCCUGUGAAAAUGAGGCAUCUGUGUUUCUCAAUUAAGAACUGUGCUUUUGAGUAUGUAUUAAAUGUUGCUAGAAAAGAGUCAUUACAUUAAAUAUAAAUCUCAAGUGAUAACUGUUAAUUUUGAUGAAAAAAAAAAGGACAGGGUGAGAAGGGAAGGGAAGGUUAUGGCAAGUCCAAAGAAAGAGUGUGGGUAUCAAGUGUCACCUGAAUGAACAGGAUUUUUAACCGAAGUACAGCUACAUGCUUACAGAACUGGGGAGAGUAUACUUUUCAGCCACUACUUCACACGAUACCAUCAGCAGUGUCAUCUUUCAAUAGGAAAGUUGCUUUUGGAAAUAGAUUAUAUAUCUACUCAAUACUCAAGCAAUUUCCUGCGUUCUGAAUACCUUCAAAAGUAUUUCCUCUAAAUAGACACUCUAGCUUUAGUCAGGUUGUUCUUUAAUAGAAUGUAAUAAAAGCACCCAUACAAAGUCAAGUUGUAAGCUUUUCACAUUCUUGUUUGAUCCUAACAGAUACCUAAUGAAGUAGAUAGGGCAUGCAUUUUUAAUCUCGAUUUUACAGAUAAGGAAACUAAGUCUUGAGUUUGCUGCCCUGCUAAAGGUCAAAUAGAACUGAAAAACAUCUUCAGACUUCCACUGCAAUACAAAAAAAUUUUCUAGGUCAUCAUUAUGACUAAAGGACACUGAAGAUUUUGAAGAAACAUUAAAUAUUUUAUGUUAAAUUUUGUUUAGGAAUUAACUGGUUUUUUGUUUGUUUUUAAGGCUUAAAGAACCUUCAAGUUUCCCUCUAUUAGAAGCUUUCUUUAUUGUAUGAGGUCUACUUUUUAUAAAAAUUCCAGGCCAUAAAAGGUUAAGUAUGUUUCUCUUCAAAGGAAAUAACCAUUAUCAAUGUUAGGAUUGAAAGUAAAAAAAAAAUAUGGGGUGAAAUAAGAUUUGUUUGAGUAAUAAUCAACUAAGAAACUGAUAAAUUGGCAGGUAAUUUAAGUGCUGCUUGGUGAUCAGCUUGUAGAUAAUCACUCUUUACACCUGCAGACUUAACUGAACUGCUAUAGGUUACCCAACAAGGCAGCCAGUUUGAUGAUCAUCUAUUUUGACACUUGAAUUUACAAAUACACAUCGUGGUACUUUCUGUUUUUAAAAAGCUGAGUUCAUAAAAUUGUGACAAUUUCUAAAUGCAGUCUGACAUGUUUUAUUUGGCCUGCACAAUAUUUUUUAAGAGUAAAAAGCUAAUACUGUAAGUCUUUUUUCACACAAAAUCCCCAGUUCCAGCUUCUGCUGAAAAAAAUCAAUAUCUGGCAAUACUAGGCCUAAAAUCUGCCAUGGCAACAACACAAAAUAAUGGUUGUUUCCUUUAAAAUGGUCUUUUUGCCACUCCCCAUAUCUUUCAAACAUGAAGCUGAGCUCUACUUAUUGUUUCAUGGCUUUUUCUUACAAAAUAGAAAAAUUUAAAAAUUCAUGUCUCUCUGAUGAAUGAGACUAUGGUUUAAGAAAAGUGUAUUUGUGGAAACACCCAGACACCUGAACUUCACUUACCAGAAUUUGAGAGUGACAGUGCUUCCCCUGCAGCCCUCUCUACACCCGGGCCUGGGUUGGGACAGGCUUUUCCUCAUUGCUCCUUCCCAUUUAUUCUCUGCUCCCUCCAUUAAAAACAUGUCAUCAGACCGUG